AAAUUUCACUGCCUUUGAAGCUGGCUCUCUCUCCGUCUCUUCCCCCAUUCUCUCUCUGUACCGUCGGUAUGGAAACCCUACUCUUCGACUGUGUGCAGAGCAGUCUUCGUCAUUUCAUGCACCGAAACGCCAUUUUUCUCUGCGAGCGCCUUUGUGCAGAGUUUCCAUCAGAGUUGAAUUUGCAAUUAUUGGCCAGUUGUUACUUGCACAAUAAACAAGCUUACUGUGCAUACCAUAUUUUGAAAGGAACAAAGAUGGCUCAAUCCCGCUACUUGUUUGCAAUAUCAUGCUUUCAGAUGGAUCUUCUUAGUGAAGCUGAAGCAGCACUUUGCCCUGCUAAUGAGCCUAAUGCAGAGGUUCCAAAUGGUGCCGCUGGUUGUUACCUUCUUGGGCUCAUUUAUAGGUACACUGAUAGAAGAAAAAGUGCAGUCGAUCACUUCAAGCAGGCUUUAUCAAUAGAUCCCUUAUUGUGGGCUGCGUAUGAAGAGCUGUGUAUAUUAGGUGCCGUGGAAGAAGCAAAUGGAUUUUUUGGGGAAGCUGCUGCUCUUUGCAUUCAAAAGAAACAUCUACAUUGUGAAUUGGGAUUGCAAAACUUGCAAACUUCUGGUGAUGAUAUUGUGGUUCCUAGUAGAAACUUGGGCCCUGAAGAUGUAAGCCCAAGGCAAUCAAAACAUGCUCAUGGGAGCAAUCUUAGAGAUAUACCUGGAAAUUAUCAUGGAGCAGGUCUAUCUGUGGCUUCUGUUAGCCAACCUCUCAAUGGUGGUUCUUCUAAUGCGUUAUUAUAUAAUACUCCUUCUCCAGUGACAACACAGUUGUCCAGUGUUGGCCCACCACCUCUAUGUAGAAAUGUGCAGCCAAAUCUGGCCAUGUCGGGUGGGGAUAGCUCUCCAAGAUCAACUGCAAAUGCUGUUGUUCAAGCCCCUCGAAGAAAGUUCAUGGACGAAGGGAAACUACGAAAGAAUUCCCAUCCAUCCUCUGCUCGUGUUCGUUGCUCUCAGGUUUCAGGGAGGUUGUUUUCUGAAUCUGGGCUUAGACGAAGUACAAGGCUUUCUGGAGAAGCAGCAGCUAGCUCAAACUCUAACAUCAUGCAGGCUGGAGUAAAUGGACCCAAUCAUUCCUCCUCGAAAUAUCUUGGAGGAAUUUCUUCAUCAUCAUCAUCGAAAUUGAGUUCUGCAAGUCUUCGUUCUGUGACUGUUCGAAAGGGACAAUCCUGGUCUAGCGAAAGUUUUGAUGAAGGGAAACGACCAGAGGUUUUUGCUGAAGCUCGCAUGGAUAAUUCAGCAACAACUUCUUCUAGUGCAUUUCCCUUGGGGGACGAUAGAUCUCUUGAACGGGAGCAAAAGAGCAUGUUAAUGGGUGGGGCUAUCACAAAUGGUUCAAGAGUUGCAAGUGGUGUAUCAGAGCUACUUGCCCUCCUGAGGACUCUUGGAGAAGGCUACAGGCUUUCCUGUAUGUAUAGGUGCCAGGAUGCUCUGGAUGUUUUUCUGAAGCUUUCUCACAAGCAGUACAAUACAGGAUGGGUACUUUCCCAGGUAGGAAAAGCAUAUUUUGAGCUGGUGGAUUAUCUAGAAGCUGAUCAAGCCUUUACUCUUGCGCGCCGAGCAGCACCUUAUAUUCUAGAAGGAAUGGAUUUAUACUCUACAGUUCUUUAUCAUUUGAAGGAAGAGAUGAAGCUAAGCUACCUUGCUCAAGAGCUGAUUUCAAUUGAUCGUUUAGCUCCUCAAUCUUGGUGUGCAAUAGGAAACUGCUAUAGCUUGCAGAAAGAUCAUGAAACUGCUCUGAAAAAUUUUCAGCGUGCUGUUAAUCUCAAUUCAAGAUUUGCAUAUGCCCAUACCCUAUGUGGCCAUGAGUAUGUAGCCUUAGAAGAUUUUGAGAAUGGAAUAAAGAGCUAUCAGAGUUCCCUUAGAAUAGAUGCAAGACACUAUAACUCGUGGUAUGGUCUUGGGAUGGUAUAUCUUCGCCAGGAGAAGUUUGAGUUUGCCGAGCAUCACUUUCGAAAGGCUUUCCAAAUCAAUCCACGGUCAUCUGUUAUCAUGUGUUAUCUAGGGACAGCUGCACAUGCUUUAAAGAGAAGUGAGGAAGCCUUGAGGAUGAUGGAGAAAGCCAUUCUUGCUGAUAGGAAGAAUCCACUUCCCAUGUAUCAGAAAGCCAACAUACUUUAUAGUCUUGAAAAAUUAGAUGAAGCUUUGAAGGUUCUAGAGGAGCUUAAAGAGUAUGCCCCUCGUGAAAGCAGUGUCUAUGCAUUGAUGGGUAAGAUCUAUAAGCGGCUUAAUAUGCAUGACAGAGCCAUGCUUCAUUUUGGACUUGCCUUGGAUUUAAAACCAUCUGCAGCUGAUGUUGCUACAAUUAAGUCUGCAAUGGAGAAAUUACAUGUACCAGAUGAUAUAGAAGACAGCUUGUAAAUUUUACUGGCAGAUAAUGAUCUGGCGGAGAAACCUAGUCCUGGAGGAGCUCGUCCUGCUUGCACUCGACUAAUCCCAAUGAAAGCAACCUGCUCGUUUACCUAACUCAUGGUCAUUGAGUAUGCCCCAAGAGGUGCACCUUGUAACAGAGUAUCCUAAACAGUUUUGUAGGAAAAAUUCAGAAUUAGGUUAGGGAUCAACACACAAAACCUGCAUACUUGUAUGAAGUGACAAAAAUGCAAUUGUGCCAAAAGGGCUUGUAUCAUAAGUUCAAAUUUGAAAAAAUAUCUGCAU